AUGGACUUGACAAACUGCCCUACCCUCCACAAGGCCUCCGUACUUGCUGACUGGAACCGUGGCCAACUUGAUACCAACCUGCUCAAGGUGCUAUGUGCGACAGGUCUUGGAUACGUCCUGCCACAGCAGAGAGAAGCUGGCUCUGUUUGCCAAAGUUGGGUGGCAGAAGCCCAACGCGCAGUGCUGGACAAGCUCGGCAGGAUAUCUCUUGCUGGCCUCCACACCGUGGUCCUCUUGAUCAAAUUCCACUACGCAUCCCACACCACCGAGGACACUUGGAUACUCAUCUCCAUUGCCGCUCGGUUAACCCUUAUCAAGGGACUUAAUUAUGAACAGUCCCCAAGCGCGACAAGCCCAGUCCAACAGGAAUGUCUUCGGCGGCUCAUCUGGUCUAUAUUCUAUCUGGACAAAAUAUUCAGUGGCGGCAUUGACGAUUUGUCUGUCCUGCCAACUAGCGCAGUACAUGUUCGUCUCCCGUGCAAUGACCGUCGAUUCCAGCGAGGGCUCUCGUCAAGCUCGCCGUUCCUGCAAGACGUUCUUACAAACGGGCCCGAGGACGCGACUUCUUCUGACAUGGAUGUGCUCGCCUACCGCAUGAUUCUCUUUGAUAUCCGGCACAGGGUGCUUGCUUAUACUCGGCGAGUGAAGCGCCAAGACUCGAGUCUGGCUGAAUGGGAGCCGGAGUUGCUCGCGCUUAGUCGUGAGCUGGAGCGGUUUGGCGAUACUCUGCCCGAAGAGCUCCAGGCCGGUGAAGACAGGCUCAUGUUUAUGUGCCACUCCAAAGACGGCACGGCCUACAUUACCCUCUACACGAUGCUGUACAUGUGCCGCUGCGAUCUGCACCGCUUCGUUAUUCCUGGGAUACGGGAAUCUGCUUCCUCCGAGGCGCUCGCCAAUACGCCCCCGGAAUACAUUAACCGCUGCCAAAAGACAUGCUUGGACAAUGCCAUCAAGCUGUGUGACUUUUGGUCCUCCGUAUAUCGACUCGAUCCACCACGACUUGCCGACUUUACUAUCAACGUAGUGUCCAUGUACCAGUGCAUCAAGGUAAUCGACCGUUUGGCUCACUUGCUGCCACAAGAUGGGGAGCAUGAUCUGGAAAACAUCAAGCAAAAACUCCAGGAAGCUCUGUCCCUUGCGUCUCAAACGCGACUUUUGUACCCUCGGAUCCGAACCUGGUUUUUCGAGGUUGAACGCCUUAUUCCUCUACUGGGACAACGCCGCAGACCUUCUCUGACCCCAGCAGCAUCAGAUACGGGCGAGGCCAACCCGCCAACUUCAGCACGAGUUGUGCUCGGUUCUUCAGACCACCCAGAUUCUUCCACGAAUGUCUUCGAUUCUGGUGCUUGGACCCGCCAUUGGAUCGCUACGGGAACCGGAGCGGCCUCGUACGGGGCAGCUUCUCUGGCAGAAAUGCCCGACUUCCCGCCAAACAUCGUGUCCUAUGACAAUCUCCUGCCAAACAGGGAGCUUCUGGCAACGGACUUCCAUGACCCCGGGGCAGCUCUGAACGUGCCUUUCGGGCUUGAUCUACCCGCAAGUCCAUUCGAUUUGCAUCUCGGCGCGUAUGGCGAUGCAGAGUUUCAUCCGCUGUUCUAUGGUGGCUGUCAGACACAGGAACCAGAAAGAUGA